UUGAGGAAGCUUUAUUUUAUUUACAUUCUAUAUUGCCGAUCAAUCGAUAACAUUUAGUUGCUUACUAGAUGGACCCCGCCCAGCCGGAAGAAAAACAGCACGAUCUUCGCUUGCGUGCCACACAAACGCUGCAACUAAUUGGGCUUGUUGAAUCUCAUCGUGUUCUUUACGAUACUUCCGAUAAAAACUACAACCGAAAAAAAUCUAAGUCGGCAGCUUGGAAAGAAAUCACCGCUUCUGUGCUGGGCAUCAAACCGGACGACGUCACUCGACUCCAAUCGCUGCAAAUUCAACACAAGUGGAAAAGUUUACGCACUGCAUACGUACGGCAGCGCAGACUUGCCAAUCCCUUGGCACCGUAUCGUUAUGCGGAUCUGAUGAGUUUUCUCGAUCCGUAUCUGCGUCGGGAAGAAGCGGUGGUGCUUGAACCAAGUGGAUUUUCGGCACCUUUCGAACUAGACCUAAGUGGAGAUGUUUCGACCGACAUCGGAACAACGACUAUCAAAGACAACUGCAUCGAUUUUUUCGAUCCGAUCGAGGAAGAGCUCAUCUAUGACGUACAAAUGGUCUCAAAACAACCGUUGGACGAUCUGCCAACUCCAUUGUCCUCAUCUCUAUCGACGAACUCGGAAUCCGUCGAAAGUGUCACUUUCGCAGGCCCUGUUUCCGUAAACAACAGCAACAAUGUGGAUGAAUUGGAAAUGUUUUUCUCACAGAUUAAACGGACGAUUCGCAAGUUUUCAGUUAGGAAAACCAUUGAACUGAAAAUGCAAAUUUUUAAUCUCGUAUCCCAGGCGGAAUUGGAUGAGCUAGAUGCCACCAAUAAGUAGAUGAAACACGUCUUGCCUAGCACCAUUGUGUAUUACUAGUCACAUUGAUUCUUGAGAUUUAUCUCAUGAAACAUUCCAUUUUAAAUUUUAUAUAUUUAUUUGAAUUCUUUUAAGGUUUGUGUUCGAAGUCACUCAUGUUUUCUAAGUGUAAAUCCAAAAAAAAUCACUGUAUGAUGCCAGAAGUGUUUGCUUUCUCAAUAGUAGUGGUUGAAAAAUUAUAGACAGUGAACAACAGUGCCAACCAAGAGACACAGGCUGAACGAAUCACGAUUUCUAGUCAAGCUGAAUGUAGAAAAUCUAGUCAAGCAGAAAGCUAAAUGUCAAACAGAAAAUCACCAUUUUCAAGCAUUUGUGUUUUUUUUACUCCAAUAAAUGUACUUAAUUAACAA